GAGGGCACGUCACUUCCUGUUUCUUUAGGGGAACGUGGCUUUCCCCGCAGCGCCGAGCCCAUCUGCUUUCCUGCAGCUGCAGCGGCCGGACCUGGAGCGGGAUCUCGAGCGCAGCCUCGCCAUGGACUCGGCCCUCAGCGACCCGCAUAACGGCAGCGCCGACGCCGGCAGCACACCCAUCGCGCUGGCCUACGGCAGCCUCCUGCUCAUGGCGCUGUUGCCCAUCUUCUUCGGCGCCCUGCGCUCGGUGCGCUGCGCCCGUGGCAAGAAUGCCUCAGACAUGCCCGAAACGAUCACCAGCCGGGACGCCGCCCGCUUCCCCAUCAUCGCCAGCUGCACGCUCUUGGGGCUCUACCUCUUUUUCAAAAUCUUCUCCCAGGAGUACAUCAACCUCUUGCUGUCCAUGUAUUUCUUCGUGCUGGGAAUCCUGGCCCUGUCCCACACCAUCAGCCCCUUCAUGAAUAAGUUUUUUCCAGCCAACUUCCCAAAUCGACAGUACCAGCUGCUCUUCACGCAGGGCUCUGGGGAGAACAAGGAAGAGAUCGUCAAUUAUGAGUUUGACACCAAGGACCUGGUGUGCCUGGGCCUGAGCAGUAUCGUUGGCGUCUGGUACCUGCUAAGGAAGCAUUGGAUUGCCAACAACCUUUUCGGCCUGGCCUUCUCCCUUAACGGGGUGGAGCUCCUGCAUCUGAACAACGUCAGCACCGGCUGCAUCCUGCUGGGUGGACUCUUCAUCUACGAUGUCUUCUGGGUAUUCGGCACGAAUGUGAUGGUAACAGUGGCCAAGUCCUUUGAGGCACCAAUAAAAUUGGUAUUUCCCCAGGAUCUGCUAGAGAAAGGCCUCGAAGCAGACAACUUCGCCAUGCUGGGGCUCGGAGAUAUCGUCAUUCCAGGGAUCUUCAUUGCAUUGCUGCUGCGUUUUGACAUCAGCCUGAAGAAGAACACCCAUACCUACUUCUACACCAGCUUUGCAGCCUACAUCUUCGGCCUGGGCCUUACCAUCUUCAUCAUGCACAUCUUCAAGCACGCCCAGCCUGCCCUCCUGUACCUGGUCCCUGCCUGCAUCGGCUUUCCCGUCCUAGUGGCCCUGGCUAAGGGAGAAGUGACAGAGAUGUUCAGCUACGAGUCCUCAGCGGAAAUCCUGCCUCAUACCCCGAGGCUCACCCACUUCCCCACAGUCUCGGGCUCCCCAGCCAGCCUGGCCGACUCCAUGCAGCAGAAGCUAGCUGGCCCUCGCCGCCGGCGCCCGCAGAAUCCCAGCGCCAUUUAUGAGGAGUCAAAUCCUAAGGAACCAGCGGCAGUGACAGAAUCCAAAGAGGGAACAGAGGCGUCUGCACUGAAGGGGCAGGAGAAGAAGGAGAAGUGAUACGCUGGCACCGACCUUCUGAGGGCCAGACCAGACAGGCGGGGGAUGGACCGACUCGGGCAUGCGUGGGCAGAGGGCGUCGGAGGCCAGGCCAGCUCCAGGGCAGGAGGGGGCAGCAGGGUUCCUCCAGCCAGGCUUCUGUGGCCUUUGCUUUUACUCUCCCCUUCUCUGGCCUUCCUCUGUGCCUCUCUGUCCCCUGCAGGCAAAGGAAGCUCCCAGUUUCACCCAUCCCCAGGAGCCGGAUGGGAAAAGUGGGUGUGAUUUUUAGGUUUUUGUAUUGUGGACGAACUCUGCCUCACAUUAAAAACUCAUCCAAUGGCUGGGGUGGGCCACUGUGCUCUUGGAA